CUGUGUGUGCAGAUGGGAGGGGACAACUUAUAAAAAAUCCUUUGAAGGUAACACAGUCGGAGCACAUUCGUGAAGUGUAGUGGAAUAAAGACACAGCAGCAUCGUGGACGCACAGCCUCAUAUACACUACUCUAGUCAACUGGAAUUUGGCAGCAGGGAAAGUUUUGUCUCCGUGACCAGGAUCUCAUUACAGACAAUAUGAAUCGUAUACUCUUCGUUUUGGGGGUACUGCUCGGCGCAGUCGCGGCUGAAUCGAUAAGAGAAACGGAGACUAUGGACCCAAAUAUGUUUGAGGGCCUGGUUGAAUCUUCUGGGUCUUUACCAGAUGACGAAGACUUUGAGGAACCAGACUACUACGACGAUAUAGAUUCUGAUUCAUUUGAUGAAAGCUCUGAUUCAUUUGAUGAAAUUUCUGGUUCUGGCGAUUCCUCAGAAGAAAUGGAUGAUCUUGAAUCCACUGUAGACACACCCACAACUACCAUGGGUAACAAAAUUCCAGAAAAUGACUUGCCUGAUCCAAAAUUCCCUAUUGAUGAUGUGGACCAAAGUGACAAUGAUAUAGUAAUCAGCAAGCACCUACCAGAACUGGAGCAAUCAAACGAAAUCUUUAUGGCCAGCACGUCUCAUGGCUUCUUCAGUAGAACAGAAGUUGUCGUUGCUCUUGUUGCUGGUGCAGUGGUUGGACUGCUGUUUGCUGUCUUCAUCAUCAUUUUUCUGGUAAUGCGCAUUAGAAGGAACAAAGACGUUGCCUACGAUGCAGUGAAAAAACCAAUCUACAAGAAAGCUCCAACAAUCGAGGCGUAGAUUUCACAAGGACCUAUUGACUAUUAAUUAGACUUUGAAAUGCAUUAAAGAGCUGAGAAAAUCAAACCUUGUUGUAUUACAACAUUUCUAUGCAUUUCUAUUACCCGGUAUCAAAACUCUUAUAAUUCAGUCAUUUUAAAUAUAUUGACAUUAAAAAAAAAUAAGCUGUUUUUACAUAUUUUUGAUACUUUUUUUGAUGGCCAGCAUUGGCCUUGGAGACCAGUUUGGAUUAUUUUUUUAAUUAUAAUGGAUGCUUGCAGUGGCCAAAUGCACUACAUUUAAAAAGUGGACUUUGACUUUUUGUACUAAAUUUAAAUAAACACUAAUGCGUAUAUGCUGUAUAAUUUAAUGUGAUUCUUUCACUGAAAUGUAAUAUACUAAAGUGUUUCCAAUGUUGAUCGGUUUCCCCUUUUGUAAGUUAAUUAAUUUUUUUGUUUUUUUAAUCAUCAUUAGGGUGGUGAUGGUGACUUUACCUACAUAGGAUCUGUUACUUACCCAAUUUAAUUUUAGUUUUUAAUUAUUAACUGCCAAUCUUUACUUUUCUGAAAUGUGACAACCUGCAUAUUUGUGGUCAAAUUAUGUGUAAAGUCUAAUGAAUGUCCUUCAAGCUGGCAUAUUUAAUUUCUUUAUUUUUCUCUCAAACAUAUUUAUAUACAGUCGGUACUACUUUUUUUUUUUUUUUUCUUUUUCUUUUGGGUAUCUGAAGUGUAUGUGGAGAAAUAAUUGUCAUAGCAGUUUUUGAGUUCUUUUUGUUUUGUUUUUUGCCGCUUUCCUCCCCCCCUCCCAAGUCAAAUGUAAUCGUUAAUAAACCUGUUUUUAAAUUUUUGAUAUCCACUUAGAAUGUAUUUUAUAGUUGUUAGAUUUAAAUAGCAUGUAAUAUUGAUCGUCUGUAGAAUUUUUUUUUUUUUCAAAAUAAAAUACUUUUUUAGUAACUUAAAUUCUGUUAAUGUUUCAUAUUAACAUCUGUGUAUAUAUGUAUUAUAAGUUCUACAAAGGGCAUUUCUUAACGUGAACGUGAAACUAAAAUUUUGGUGAUCAGCAGAUCUAAAAAACAAAAAAGGAACCAUUUCUACUUACAUUUUCCCAAAAGGUUUCAUUCUAAAAAUUAGAAGCAGAUCUCUAUAAUGUAUGAGUAAUACUGUUUGUUCAUUUUUUUUUUUUCCUUUCCCACUAAAAUGAUCUGUAUGGAAAGAGGUUUGCUUUACAAAACUGGUCCCAAAAUCUUAGUGACGGGUUCACAUGAAAAUACAUGGGGCAAGAUGUAAUAGGGUGCAGGAUGCUGGUUGCUCCUUUAAAAAAAUGUCCAAGAUAGGCCGGCAUUCAGCACUUCCAGUGAUCUCUGACCCUGUUACUUCUCAUCCAUGGAGUGGUCACCAACACAUAUGGAGACAUAAUUUAAAGUGUAACAAUAAUGGUUUAAUUGUGUUCUGACUGCUCUGUACAUCAUUCACUGUUUCAGACAAUACAAUAUUUUUGUUUGUUUUGUAUCUGUAAAAUAUUUAAAUGUAGCAGCUAUUAAAAUAUAUUUAUAUUUCAAAA